GUCUACCGUCCAUGAACGAAGUUGUGGUUGGGAUAUUUGAUACGAUUACCGAUAUCGUACUCCACUCCUAAAUCAACCUCAUACAGUCACACCUAACCUCACGCUUUGCUUUUGAUUGACUGGAGGAACAGAAUUCGAUUUCCAUUCACCUCAGAUCCAUUUGCCCGUAUAAAAUACACAUCUGCAAUUAUAAAUUGAUUAAAAAAAACAAACCAGUUUCUUCUUCAAAUUUUCCUGGAGAUCAAAAUAAAGAUUGGAUUUUAAUUUCGCUUUCCCCGGCUUUUUUCUUCUUCCACAGAAAGUAACCAGGCCAUAUUUCCACCUAACGUCAUUCGAUCUUGACCCCGGGUCUUUUUUACCUUUCGCUCAACUACAACAACAACAACAAAUCCAAUCCUUCUUCCUUCCUUCCGAUACCCACACACCAUCUACCGAUAUCCUUUCUUAUCAUUUUGAUCGCAAACAAUUGCAAUUACAGUAUUGAUAUUUUGCAUCAAUCGAUUCAAUCAAUAUGUCGUACACUCAACAAUAUCAAGAUAUUGGUGGAAAUCCAUAUCAAAAUUCCGGCGCUGCUGAAGCCGGUUAUGGAGGUAACAACUUAGGCCAGCCAGGGCUUUCCCACGAAAUGUCAAACUACUCCCAAGGAUCCAACUAUUCCUCCGGUACACCCGGCGCCAUUCCACCUCCAAGUAACAACGUCCUUACCCAACAAGCUUUCCUCGACCGCGUUGACUUUGCCAAAUCCGAAAUUCGUUCACUUUCCUCCAAUAUCUCUCAAAUAGCCACUCUCCACCAACGCGCCCUCUCUUCCCCCGAUUCUUCCUCCACCGCCUCCCUCGAAAAUAUUGUAACACAAACCCAGCUCAAAAACACUCAAAUCCGUGAUCAGAUCAAGUAUUUGGAAGCUGAUGCGAUCAAAACUCAAGAUGGGACCAAGAACAUCAAGAGUACGCAAGCUAAGAAAUUGAAGACGGAAUUCGAAAAUCAGUUGCAGCAGUAUAGGGAAGAGGAGUUGAACUAUAGAAACGAAUAUAGACGUCAAAUUGGUAGACAGUAUCGUAUUGUUAAUCCUGAAGCUACCGAGGCGGAGGUCGAGGAAGCUAGUCAGAUGGAUUGGGGUUCGGAAGGUGUUUUCCAAACUGCUCUCAAAUCCAAUCGAUCUGGACAAGCAUCUUCAGUGCUCGGAGCUGUUCGCGCUCGUCACAACGAACUCCAACGUAUUGAAGCUACUCUCACCGAUCUUGCAGCUAUGUUUGCCGAUAUGGCCCAAAUAGUCGAAGCUCAAGAUCCAGUCGUCGAACAUACCGAACAAAACGCCAUCAAAACCGCCGAAGAUGUCGAUAAAGCAAAUGUUCAAAUUGACAAGGCGAAUGAACAUGCCCGUCGUAGAAACAGACUCAAGUGGUGGUGCUUGUUGGUUACGAUCAUUAUUAUCCUGGCCAUUGCAUUGGGAGUCGGUCUGGGUGUUGGGCUGGCAGUCAAGGGGUCCAAGACUGCUACCAAUUAAAAGUUUGCAUGAAUGAGGAAGUAGUUGAAGUUUUCCAAUGGAGUCGACCUCGCGAGUCUUCCGGGGCAUGAGGUAUGAUGGAGGGGUGGGGCUUUGCAAGCGAUUGAAUAGAUUCAACGAACGAUGCGGUUCCACAGAACCAUGAAAGGUAUGGGACGGAAUCUUGUAUGCUGUAUAUUUGUCUGGGGUAUCAUUUUUCGUAUUUUCUUUUUUUCUCUAUUUGCGCGCGUUUCUUUUCUACUCUUUCUACGAAUGAAUUGGGGUCUUUAAUGCACAAUGGGAUGGACGACUCACAUAUCAUGUUAUGCAAAAAGCUUAAGGUUUUUUACAUCAGUACUUUAAUAUUAUGACGAAGGCACGGGUUGGGUUUUGGGAGAGGGACUAUGACUAUGGCAUAGUUUGAGGAGAACGAGAGGAAGAACGGGAGAAGAGAGAAGCUGGGGGUGGUUCGGGGUGGGUUCUUAAUAAAGCAUGGCAGUGCUUCUAGUAGUUGGGGGUGGAGUUUAUGAAGGAGGGAAGAAGGAAGCCAAUGUAAUGAAAUGCCAAAAUAAACGAAUGUCCUUUAUAGUAAUCA